AUGGCCUUGUCAGCCAGGAGUUUGUGGGUGGAUGGGGGCAGGACUGAGGCCAGCCCGGUGCCUCACAGGGUGGUGGAAACACAUGGCCAUGCCAUUAGCAUCCUGUUCAGCGUCUGCACCAGUUUCACUUGUAACACCUACAUAGUCCUCACUUGGAACAAGAUAAAAAGUGGCCCUGGUGCUAGCUCCUCGUCUGAUUGGCCACACACCAGAAUACCGCAGAACAGAAGGCAAGGGCAAGUGAUAGAGGACCAAAGUCAGGUGCAGGAGCAGCUGACAUCUAGCUUCUCAGUUCAUUGGAUGCAGCUAUUUUAA